GCCGCGCCGCAGCCUCCGGCCUCGCGCAAGGAAGCGGCCGUCCGCCCGGUACAGUCCUGGUGGCGGGAAAGAGUUAAUGCUACCGAGUGUCCCGGCCCGCCGCGGCCUAGAGGGGCCUUCGCACGGCUCGGCGAGCGGCUGUCGCCGCCUCGCGUCCCCGCUCCGGGAGGCGCUGCGCACCCGGCGUCGCCCGGUGCCCCGCGGUCCCGUCGGGCGAGGGUGGCCACCCCUGCGCGCGCGGGGCCCUCGGGCUUCCCGGGGCGUCCGUCCCGGUCACGAUCGGCGGCCCCCAGAGGGCUCGUCCCUUUUCUGGGCCGCGCGUCCCCCACGACGAUUACGUUUUCCUCGUGAGCACAUGAAAUGGAUAAAAGUGGCAGUUUUUGUUACUUCCCGUCAGUGUGUAUAUCUGGAAUGAAAACAAUGAAAUUAACCUAGAGUAGGACAUUUAUAAGGACAUGAAAUGGCACUGGGCAUCCUCAGAAGGACCUGCAAGGAAUAUCUGAGGUCACAGAGCUGCUGAAGAAUUUGGCAGCAUAAGGAAUUACAGGAAACAGUUGAUCAGAAACACCAGUAGAGAAACAUUUUAAAUUUCUUCAAGCAGGGGGGAAAGUGAGUAUUAGUUCAAAUUAAGCAAAAUCUACAGUAAAGAGAAAUCAAACGAAGUCUCAAAUGUAAAAAAAAAAAAAAUCUGUUACUAAACACCCUAAUAUAUAUCUAGAAAAACAUGAAAAGUCAAAUCUUUUUAAAAAUUUUUAACUAUGAUAUUUUCAACAUUUUCGGAUUGAUCUCUAAGAAACGCCAGGAUUCUGAAACUUAAGAAUUCUGAAAAUGGAAAAGCUUCAUUGAAGAACCAAACUUGUGAGUAUACCAGAGGUACACAAGGAAGAUGCUCUGAGAGUGGAAAAGUGCCACCAACUGGUUUUUACAUACUUACAGAUUACCUUGGUAAACAGAAGAAGUUAAAACUCAGUCUCUGAGAAUGCUGUGUUGAAUGUAAUAAAUAUUGGAUUUCUUCACAUGGACGACGGGACCUAGUAACUUUCACGUUCGCCUGAAGAUACUCUGCAGCUGUUCAGGAAUACCAGUUCUCCAACAUCCCAGGGUCAGGAUAGCUUGGAGUCUAUCCAGGUGGAUGGACUGCUGUCCAGAGAACACUACUCACAGAGCAACAUGAACACCGUUUUCUUUUCUGGCAGUGAGGUAAAGUCAGGUCGUUUUGGAAGGGGGGAAGCCACACUGCAUCUCUGCUACACAAGAUUACUCUGUCUUUGCCUCUGAGGUUUGCACACGCCAUUCUCAAGCACCACCUUUUACGUAGACUUCUCUCACCAGGGUCUGUUCUUGUGGCCACAUCUGGCCUCUCUUUCUGCUGUCUCUUCCUGUGUUGAGUUAGGGAGAGUAUUCAGGUACUCCUGUUACUCCUGAUGGUGCUGCUGUAUCUAUGAAGAAAGGAGGAGGGUGGGGCUCUGAGAACUGAUCAUGGUCAUUCUGAGAACAUGUUGCAGGAGCAGCAGCUAGAUAGGGCUUUGACAGUGGUGUUCAUAAGACCUUCAUCUCUAGACUAGCACCUCAAUCAUGAGCCUUUAUCCCUUUCAGCCCAUUACCCCUCUGUACAAAUGCCUGUGCCUUUGGGGGUUUUGAGCUAGUGUUUUGUUUUGCUUUUCAUUUUUUCCAGUUGUAAGGUUUUUCCCUUUUUUCCUCCUGUUGGGCUGUUUGAAAUCAAAUUCAGUAUGAAUAAAAGAGGGAAAUAUACAACAUUGAAUUUGGAGGAGAAAAUGAAGGUUCUCAGUAGGAUUGAAGCCGGACGAUCUCUGAAAAGUGUAAUGGAUGAAUUUGGGAUCAGCAAAUCAACAUUUUAUGACAUUAAAAAGAAUAAGAAAUUGAUUUUGGACUUUGUACUGAAGCAGGACAUGCCGUUAGCAGGGGCUGAGAAGAGAAAGAGGACCACAGGAGCCAAAUAUGGUGAUGUGGAUGACGCAGUCUACAUGUGGUACCAACAGAAACGCUCAGCUGGCGUCCCUGUUAGAGGUGUGGAGCUUCAGGCUGCCGCAGAGAGGUUUGCACAGUGUUUUGGGCGCACAGACUUUAAAGCUAGCACUGGUUGGCUUUUUAGAUUUCGAAAUAGGCAUGCAAUUGGGAAUCGAAAAAUAUGUGGGGAACAAGUCCUAAGUGCAGCUUCCGAAAAUGUUGAGCCAUUUCGACAAAAACUCUACAUGCUUAUCAAAGAGGAGAAACUGAGUUUAGCUCAGCUGUACAGUGAGGAUGAGACUGACCUCUUUUGGAAGGCAAUGCCGGAAAACAUUCACGCAAGCAGAAAAGAGAUCUGCUUGCCUGGAAGGAAAAUAAACAAAGAACGGUUGUCUGCUCUUUUAUGUGCAAAUGCAGAUGGAACUCAUAAGUUAAAGUCAAUCAUUAUUGGAAAAUCAAAGCUGCCCAAAAGUGUGAAAGAGGACACAAGUACAUUACCUGUGAUAUAUAAACCGAGUAAAGAUGUUUGGUUCACCAGAGAAUUGUUCUCAGACUGGUUCUUUCAAAACUUUGUUCCUGAGGUCAGGCAUUUUCAACUUAAUGUUUUAAGAGUCCAUGAAGAGGAUGUCAGGGCUUUGUUACUUCUAGACAGCUCUCCAGUUCACCUUUCCACUGAAUCACUGACCAGUGAGGAUGGCCGAAUAAAGUGUAUGUUCUUUCCCCAUAACACUUCAACCUUAAUUCAGCCAAUGAAUCAAGGUGUGAUCUUGAGCUGCAAACGACUUUAUAGGUGGAAGCAACUUGAAGAGAGUCUUGUAAUUUUUGAAGAAAGUGAUGAUGAGCAAGAUAAAGGAGAAAAAGGAGUUUCCAAGAUUAAAAUCUACAACAUAAAAAGUGCAAUUUUUAACUGGGCAAGGAGUUGGGAUGAAGUAAAACAAAUAACCAUAGUGAAUGCAUGGGAAAAUCUUCUUUACAAAAAGGAACCUGAAUAUGAUCUUCAAGGCUUAGAAGAUGGAGAUUAUAGAGAAAUCGUUGAGAAAUGUGGCGAGUUGGAAACCACACUGGCUGAUGAUAGGGUAUGGUUAAAUGGGGAUGAUGAAAAGAAGGGCAACCCCCCAAAACCAAAAAGGGGAAUUACAAAGGAAAUUAUUCAGAAAGGAGGAGGAGCUGAAGAUCAGACUGCUGAAUUGAAGUUAUCUGCUGUAAGAGAGAGUCUGGACUUCCUACUUGACUUUGUUGAUGUCACACCUGAGUUUCAAAGGUUCCAUUUCCCACUGAAAGAGAUGCAACAAGAAAUAAUAAAGAAGCAGUUCCAGAGUAGAAUCCAUUCUAGAAUUGGUAGCUUUUUGAAACCUAGACCUUGUAUUAGCAAGGAUUCCUUCAAUAUGCCUUCAACCUCUAGUAAUUAGAUUUUGUGUUUAAAGAGAGUUCUGUAGUUAUAUAUAUAUGAGGUAGAAUUGUGAAUCGUCAUUGUUUCUAUUAACUGACCUCAUUUUGACAUAGCAAUGCCCAUUAUAUAUAUAGUUUCUAAAACAUACUUUAAAAAUAAAUUUGUUUCUUUCAAGUAUAAAA